CGCAUGGAAGACUCCAAAUGGGGAAAUCAAACAGGCGUCACAGAAUUCAUCCUCCUGGGAUUUGGAAAUCUCCCUGAACUGCAGGUCCUUCUCUUCCUGCUGUUUCUAGUGAUCUACAUUGUGACCAUGGCUGGGAACAUCCUCAUUGUUGUGCUAGUUGUGGGUGAUCAGCACCUUCACACCCCCAUGUACUUCUUCCUGGGGAACUUGUCCUGCUUGGAGAUCUGUCACACCUCCACCAUCCUGCCCAGGAUGCUGGCCAGUCUCCUGACUGGGGACAGAACCAUUUCUGUUGCGGGCUGUAUUGUACAACUGUAUUGCUUUGCUUGUCUGGUAGCUACAGAAUGUUGUCUCCUAGCAGUGAUGUCUUAUGAUCGGUAUUUAGCCAUAUGCAAACCCCUGCAUUAUGCAGCCCAUAUGAAUGAUCAGUUUUCCCUCCAGCUAGCAGUUGGGUCUUGGCUAAGUGGCUUUACAGUCAGUACCAACGCAGCAUGUUGGAUGUCACAAAUGAUUUUCUGUGGGCCCAAUGAAAUUGACCAUUUCUUUUGUGAUUACAUCGCAUUGCUCAAAUUGUCCUGCAGUGACACCAGCAAGAUGGUUCUUGUGAUCUUCCUUCUCUCCUUCAUAAUGAUUCUUCUUCCAUUUCUCUUAACCCUGACAUCUUACGUGUGUAUCAUCAGCACCAUCUUGAGAAUCCCUUCCACCACGGGGAGGCAAAAGGCUUUUUCCACAUGCUCCUCUCACCUCAUCAUGGUCACAAUUUUCUAUGGGACCCUAAUCAUUGUGUACAUGCUCCCAGACACUGCUGAAUUGCGAGACCUGAACAAAGUGCUCUCUGUCUUCUACACUGUCCUGACUCCCCUGGCCAACCCCCUCAUCUACAGCCUGAGAAACAAAGAGGUCAAGGAGUCCCUGAGAAAAGCUCUAAGUAAGACUAUGACUUUUAUAACCAAUCACAAACUAUGUUGUAGGCAUUUAUGGUAA